AAAAGUUAUGAUAGCAAAAACAAAACUAGAUAAGAAUUAAAACAAAACUAGAACAGAACGUGGAUAUAAAAAACCCUUACACGUGCAAGCUGUUUGAUUCCGUUGAUUAACUUUCUUGUGGUCCUGCUGAAAGAUGCUGCCUCUCAUCCUCGCCUUUGUUUUCGUCGGCUCCAGCUUGGCUGUUGAGCGUGACAUCUACAUCCCCCCAAUCAUCUCCCUCAACCAACUGCUCAGACGCGCGGACGUGCAAGAUUUCGAGUGCACCGUCAGCGGCAGGUCAGUCACCAUUAGCUGUAGCACCAAGCGUGACGGCGACCAGCAGAGCAUCAACAUCGGCGGCUUCACCAUCCCCAUCAUCAGCCCCAUCCUCCUCAAGAGGGAGACACAAGACGAGUUCACCAUUUUCGGAGUCCCCAUUUCUGGCACCAUCAACGUCACCGUCGGCAAACGUAUCUACAUCUGCCCCACCACCUACACCGGCACAGUCCUCUCCCCUGUCUGCUUCAGGAAAUAAAAUGUUAAUUAGGUCAAAAGUUAAUCUCACGACCAAUCACACAAAUAAUAUGACGAAACAAAUUUUAAUAAAGUCUGUGUUGAUUUA